AUGGAGACAAAAUUUGGAGUUAAGAAUGCCCUCGAAGUUUUGGAUUUCCUUGAUAUUGACAAUGAUUGUAGUGAAUAUGAUUCCUCGUCUGAUCAUUUUGAAUCUGUAGAACCAGCCAUUAACAUACCCCUUUCUUACCAAAAUAAUAAUAUCAAUGAAAUCUUACCAGCAGCUCAAAAUAUAUCUAAUGAUGAAUCUUUUGAAAUAACUUUGGACGAAAUAUACGUAAUUCCCGACACUGAACUCAGUACAGCAAAUGUUAUAAUAGAUCACGAAAGUAAUAUCACAACCAUAAUAGAUAAUGAUAAAAAUGCUAAAAUUCACGAAAGUAAUAUCUCAACCAUAAUAGAUAGUGAUAAAAAUGCUAAAAUUCCCGAAACAGCAAAUGCUGAAUCUAGACCUUCUCGAAAACGGAAGAAAAACCAAGCAGAAUGGGCAAAAAAUGUACGAAAAAGGAGACGACAAUCAGGAAAAGAAUAUACGGACUCAAACGGAAACCUACAGCGAAAAAGAUCACUGAAAUAUGACACAAAUCAUACAUAUGGUUGUCUACAAAUCUACACGGAGUUUUGGACUCUUAACGACUCCCAGAAAAAGAUUUUCUAUAACCAAACUACAAGUAAAGAACGUAAGGCAAGAACUAGAUUGCCUAAUACUGAAUUUACUAGUAGAAAGCAGUUUACAUAUAAAUAUCAUUUGAAAAAAAGUGAUGAAAAUAUACGUGUGUGCAAACAGUUUUACUUAGAUACUCUGGAUAUAAGCCAGACACGAAUCCAAACUUUUCAUGAAAAAGAUGAAAGAGGAAAUAUCAGAUACAGUGAUAAGCGUGGUGCACAUAGUUGUAAAAAUAUUAUCAAUACUGAACCCCAAAAGGAAAUAAUUCGUAACCAUAUUAAAUCAUUUCCUACUAUUCCCUCACAUUAUUGUAGGGCAAAUUCCAAGAGACAGUAUUUAGAGCCCGGGCUCACUGUACAAAAAAUGUACAAUCUAUAUGUUGAUAACUGCAAUAGAAAUGAAAUAAAACCCUUAAAAUUAUAUGUUUAUCGAGAUAUUUUUAAUUUGGAAUUUAACAUUGGAUUCCAUGUCCCGAAAAAAGACAAGUGUGACACGUGUGAAAAAUACAUAAUAUUAACCUCCCAACCAAACGUUAAUGAAAUUAAUGCUCAAACAUUACGUGAUCAUUUGAACUUAAAGCAAGAAACAAAAAUAGAAAGGGACACGGAUAGAAACAGAAAAGAUAAUUCUGUAGUUGUGCGCUUUGAUAUGCAAAAUGUCAUGACGUGUCCGCGAGCUUCAGUUUCAAAUUUCUUUUAUAAAAGAAAGCUUUCGGUUUUUAAUUUAACAGCACAUUGUUCUUAUAACAAAGUGGCUUAUAAUGCAAUAUGGACAGAUAAUAUGAUGGGUAGGGGGGCUAAUGAAAUUGCAAGUGCUUUGUGUGUUAUAUUACAAAAAGUGUGCGAAGAUAUUCCAAAUAUUAAUCAUCUGAUUUUGUGGUCUGACGCGUGUGUUCCUCAAAACAAAAAUUCCAUAAUGGUAACAGCACUGACAAAAUUUGUCGAGAGACAUUCAGGUCUCAUCAUUGAACAUAAAUUUGGAACACCUGGACAUUCUUCUAUACAAGAAGUAGACAAUGUUCACAGUCACAUUGAAAAAGCACUAGGAGUAGCCGAAAUUUAUAGCCCAAUAUCCCUUGUCAGAGUCUUACUUAAAGUUCGACCAAAACACAUGAAAGUUAUACAAAUGAAAAAAUCUCAAUUCUUUGAUUUCCAAAAGGUUUCACAACGAUUUAAAUUUAAUAUUCCAUUUUGUAAACUAAAUUAUUUGAGAAUUGAUUCUUCCCGACAUAUGCAGUGUGAUUACAAAUUUUGUUUUUCUGAAGAAUUGAAAACCCAUACUAUUUCUAGAAAAAAACCAUUCCGAAUCCCUCGGUAUUGGAAAAAAACAUGA